AUGCGUUCCGUCUGCGAUCGGAACUCGAACACGAGGCGUGCUACGAGCUCGGGCGGCGACGGAAGCACGCGCGGAAGCGCCGCUCGCUCACUGCAGCAAAACUCGAGGGCAAUUGGUAACGUACGCUCUCUAUGUGGGAGCGCAUCGCGCGCGCCGCGGACGCGUGUCGCGGCGUGCGCGAACGAGACGAAAGAUCCGCUCUCGGGACGGCCAAAUCCUAAACAGAGCAGGCGCCAUUUAGGCUGGCGAAAGGGGACGCGUCGCAGCGGGACCGCGACGGCGCCGCAGCGGGCGCGGUUUCGUGUUUCUCCCAUCGCCGUUGGCGACGACCGCGCCACAGAGGAGAGAACGCUCAUAGACUGGCUAGUUUUAGUGAUGUGCUCGGACACUGAUGUCGGACGUGAUGCAAGUAUUUAUAAGGACCGCGAAAGC